AUGGACAACGUCGUUGAGCUGCGAUGUGCUGAUGGCACAACGCUAAUGACAACAAAGGAGACACUCGCCCGAGUUCCAUAUUCCAAGCUCUGCACAGAUGAAACUUCGACAUAUACAUCUGACGCCAAAAUUCUAGCCAUUAUGCUAGACGCCCUGAGGCGCGAUGAUCAACGACUGACUGUGCCUGAUGACUUCAACGAUUGGGGACGAUUGGCAAACGAAGCACGACGUCUAGGAUUGUCUCAAAUCGCCGAAUUAGCGUCACCUUGUACUAUAUGCGUGGCAUGUCAUGUCGCACUGUCGGCUGGCCGACUAAAUCCCGAAGUCACUUUUCGCAAAUUAUCGCGUAUUGUCAUUUCUGGCAAACUUAGCGUAUGCCGAGCAGUAUUUGGAUCGGACCUUAACGAAGCUCGCGACGGCGGUGGUACCGAUUUCGAGCAAGAUCGAUACACGUCGCGGUGCGUUAAAUUUCAUUUCAAGUUUUUUGACGAGUGUCACCUCCCACGAGCAGCGUGA